CACAUUUAUCCGAAAUUUUUGUAGUGAAUGUUCAUAACGUUAUUGUGUUUUUAUGUUUAACCAAUAAAAAUGAAGAGGAAAACCCUAUCAAAAAUCCCAAUUCUAGUGAAUAAGGUUCAAAUGGAUGAGCAGCAUUCUUCCGAUGACGACAAUUCGGAGGGCUAUGACUUAUUUAUGGGCGUUUGGGCACUGAGUGUUAGCCUUGGUAGCUAUAACCACAAUGUGGCCAAAUCAGUUAAGUAUAUAAACGAAAACAAUUGUAAAUCGACCGAGCUUUACGAGCUGGUUUAUCUCAAUGAUUUUCGGAUAAAAUUCGAGAAACUGCAAAAUGGUACAGAUCCUGAGGAAAAGGUUCUUCAUGAGACUCGGGAAGAAUUAUUUAUGCGCCUAUACAAAGAACUUUCAGAUUUGGAAACUAAUGAAAACAAGCGUUGCGAAUACCUGAUGCUCUUCUGUGGACUCUUUGACUCUUUGUAUCCAAAACUUAAUGGUCUCAAAAAAUCCUUUAGUUAUCGUGUGGAACUCAUUAAUCGUUUGCAAGAUCAGGCUCAAAACAUUUUGCAUUGUUUAGUAGGCAAUACGCGUUCUAGUCUAGAAAGCAAAGUAAGAUCCCCCGAUUCACGUAUUAAAAUUUAUUUGGAGUCAAAAAUGUUUGAAAAGGAAGAAGGAGAAAUUGAUCAGCGUUCGAAGAAGGACAAUUGUAACCCAAUAAUAGAAAUUAACUCUGAAAAAACCUUGACCAAAAAUAUGGAAAUUGAAACGACAAAAAUUGAAGGUCAUACAUUUAUUGAAGGCUGCAAGGAAAUGCUGGCUUGUCCUUCAAUGGGCUUCCGAUUUGAAAAGGCCAUCUUGGAAAUUACUAAUCUAAACAUAUUAACCAAAAUUAAGGGAUAUCAAAUAAUUGAAGGUUGCAAGGGAGCAAAUUCUUGUCACUUAAGAGGACUUCGAUUUGAAAAGGACUCGUCUGAGUUUUCUUGUGGAAAAAUUUCAUCAGAUUGCGAAACUUUUUAUGUUUCAAAUUCUGACGAUGAUUCUUGUGUAAUUUUCAGCGAUUUCGAAGAAUCCACGGCAAGUGCCUCCUCCAACGUAUCUUCUUAUAAUAAAAACAUUCUGAUUUCCUCAAAUGAUUUAAUGAAAACUCCACUGUACGAUUUGGAUUAUUUUUCUAAGGAUUAUUUUGUAAAAGAAAGGAAUAUUAUUUCGUUCAUCAAUGACAAAACCGAAAUAGAUACUAAUAAUGAUCCGAUGGACAAUUAUACGGAAAUUUCAUCGCUUGAUUUGGGAAAUAUAUCUGAACCUGAUGGUUGUGCAGACUCUAUGAAUUGUAAUCCCAGAAAAGAUCAAACAGGUCUUUCUUCAAGUAGUGCCGAAUGUUCUUAUUCUCUUAAUACAUUUGAAACUUCCAUUAGUAACAACUCUGAAAUUUCAACAAUGGUUACAAUCAAACAUGGAAGUGAUAAAGCCUCUAAAAAUAAUUGCCAUCAAUAUUUUCAACUAAGUAAGCUAAAAGAUUUGUAUUUAGAAUAUAAAAAGUCACUUGAAACGAUAGCUGGAGUUGAAGAAGAAAAAUCUUCCUUAAUCAAGAAAAAUACCACUGAAAACGAUGGCUUACAAAAAAAUAAUGUCAGUCCCAAAGAAAAAUGGGAAGAAAAGGAAUUAGAAACGGACGAAAUUAUUAAUCAGCUUCGACAAGCUGUGAGUAAUAUUAAACUAAACUUAUUAAAAGAUGUCGAUAAGUCCCUGGAACUCACUUUACAAAAUCCCUUUCAAAUUUCUUUAAAUUUUGACGCACCCAAGGAUAGUAAGGAAAUGAAUGUGCCAAAUUUAGGUAAAAUUACUAAUACGGAAAUGGAUAACAAUUUAUUUGAGUUACCAUAUAUAAAUCAAACCACUGAAGCUAGUGUUAUUAAAGAAAUAUUUAGUAGAAAUAAGGCUAAUUCUGAUACUCAGAAAAAAUCGCAUGGUGAUGAACCCAAGGAUUUUAGAGAACCUUUACCUAUCUUAAUCAUUGAAGUUCCUCAAGAAAGCCAUUUAGCACACAAUAAUUUAAAUAAUAAAAGAGCUCUUAAAGAAUCCAAAAAAAAUUUCGAGGAGGAAGAAGAUCAGGAAAUGCUUUCACCAAUUUUAAGUCAAAUUGUACGCACCGUUAGUGACGUCAAAAUUAAUAUUUUAAAGGAAGUUGAUAAAUCACUGUCCGAAAUGACUUUAAAAAAUGCUUCCGAAAUCUUUCUAAGUCAACGGUGCGAGGAAAAUCCUAAGGAAAAAUUAUUGUCAGCGGCGGAAAAAAUUUUACUCCAGAAAAUAAGCGAAGAAUAUGACAGUGAGGUUGAUUCGGUAACGGAAGACGAGGAACUUUUACCAGAAGCUUUGGAUUCAAUAACACGAGAAUCUGUAAAUCCGGAUAUUAAGGAAUCCGUACAACAGCUAAAAAAUGCUGAGGAUUUCAAAACCUAUAUGAAUGCUCAAAAUAAUAUAAGGCAGCAUCAACGUCACAUAAUUGCGGCUCCUCGAGUUGUAAUUAAAAUCUUCAAAUCAAACUUGUCUUAUGAAUGCCCACCAAAUGAUCCAAAUUCUCCCGACUUCUAUGAGCAAUUGGAUCAAUUUUUUGAGAUAAUAGGUCAACAGGAUUGUGGCCCUGUUUUAAAUGCUGCCGUUUCUCAGUUUCGAUAUCGGUUAAGCAAGGCCAUAAACAGCAUUAGAAAACAAAUGCACAGAGACUUUGAAUUGGAUGAUUGGAUAUCAGCGGUCGGAAAAUGCCAGUUAAGACAAUUGCUCACUCGCGAGGAAAACCAUGCUUACGAAUCCCUGAGAAACCAGUUAAAAGACAAAGGUGAUCAGGACCUUUCUCCCAAGAGUCGAUUUACAGAUGCCUUGCAUGGAAUGAUGGGUUAUGAGUCGCCACACUUAGUCUUAUCGUCCUUCAGUGGCAGAUUGCAGCUGAGAUCCCCUCAGCAUCAGGAGAGUAUCAGUGAGUCCUUUUUGUUGGUGAGCCUUGGUCAAUUGGGACACUUGCAUCGGGAGAUUCAGCAGCAGCUGGUAGAACUUGGCCAGCAGGGCGAAACUGCUAGCUCUCUCAGAAAAAGUCUGCAAAAGGACCUUCUUAAUUUCAAUAAGUUUUACGAGUUACAGAAAGAGAAACCAUGUAGCCUGCUAUGUUUGUAUCACAGAAGUCGAUAUUUUAAGCUGCACUUUCAGUGGCUUCUGAAUAUCCUGUAUAAAAUUCAGAAAGGAAAGCAUAUUGUGAUUGUGUUGUACGAUGAAUUGAGACGAAGAAUUGGAUACCAAAGAGGUUUAGUUUUUAAUUGGUUAAAAACGGCAAGUCAACCACUAAUUAUUAAGCUUCGCAACUGGCUUGCUAGCGGUCAAAGGACUUCAUCGGAUUCCGAGGAAUAUCUUAUUAAACGCAUUUCAACCUCGGACAUAGAAGAUUUCUGGCUCAAACGCUAUCGACUUACAGAUUCCUUUUCAAACUUUUUUGACCCCCAACUCAGUGAAAAACUGAUUAUAGUGGGCAAGACUUUGGUGUACUCGAGUAAGUAUUUGGGCAUCACUAUGGAAUCUGUUCUGAGUAGCAAAGAACUUCAUUUCUUAUUACAAGAGACUUUCAAUGAUUUUUAUAAGUACGGCGAACAGGAACAACUUUAUGAACUUGUUGAUAAACUGCAUUCGGAAAUAUCUGGCACUGUUUUAAAAACUCUUCGGGAAAGUAAACUUAAGCCAGAGGAUCUCUUUACUCACCUUCACAAAUACUUGAUGCUAUCGGAUAUUAAGUUCCUCAAGGAGUUUAUGGAAAUAUUUGAACCCGUUCUGGACGACCCAGCAAGUUUCUUUGAUAUUCAAAAGUUUAAUCAAAUGAAAAAUCAAAUGUCACGGAUUCCGUCUCCGGGUAUCCAUAUAGAUAAAGACUUAUCCGAAGGAUCGAAGUGUUGGAAUAUUCUUGCCCUCCGCUGUAAACUGCCUAGUUACUGGAAAGCCCUUCUCGGUCAGAAUGUUAAGGAAUAUGAGGCGAUUUUCACCGGACUGUGGAGAUUCCAUUAUGUCGAUUAUGUGCUCCGCAAAAAGAUAGUUCGGCAGCAAUUAAAUUUUCGAGCCCGCAUAGAUUUUAAGUAUUUCGAAGGCCUUAAAGAAAUAGAUUCCUCAUUUGUAAGGCUGAUCAACAUUUUUCUUCUUGUAACGAAAGGUCUGAAAAACUAUUUUCUUUGCGAUUUAUUGGAGCCUGCAUUUGAAAGACUUCUGUUGGCCUGCAAUCAGGCCAAAACCGUAGACGAUAUGCUGUCAGCAAAUGUAUCAUAUCUAAAUACCAUUAGGUUGGGCUCCCUGCAAUCGGAAAAUCUAGUAGAAUCAAAUCAGUACCUGGAACAGAUUUAUAACUUAAUACUUAAACUCGCUCGUAAGCUGGAAAAAUUCUUUAGACUCACUGAAAUUUUACUGGACUAUGUGACUGAAACUCGUUCUGGAAAUACAUAUUUUUCAAAGUCCGAUGAAUACAGUAAUCGGAUUCUUGACUUUCGCUGGACCUGUAAAACUUACUUGGAUAUUAUCAACGAGCUGAAAGAUCAGUUUAAGUCGGUGAUGGUUUCAUUUUUGUGUACCCUACAUUCAAGAGAAGAAUAUAUGUUAAGGUCACUCGUUGAAAGGUUGGAUCCCAACAGUUAUUUCACAAAAAAAGGUGAACAAUUGUCUUAAUCAAAUAUCUUUGACUAUUAGAGGAAAGUACAAGAGAGCAGCUUGGUUGCCAGAAGAAUCCUUUUGUUAUACAAGUAUACUCUUUAUAUUUUGUAUAUCAACAAUUAUAUAUUUUGUGUACCUAAUUCGUUAAAAUAUAAUUUAAUGAUAAAUAAUAAAUACAUAAAUAUUUAA